AUGGCCAGCGGGGAUAACAACGCCAUGCCCCGCGCUGACGAAGAGACCAUGAAGGUCGUCCAGAAUGACGAUGACCUGGGGCUUGUCGACGUAGAGAGCAUGUGUAUGAAUUGCCAUGACAAUGGUUCUACCAAAUUCCUCCUGAUCAAGAUCCCCUUCUUCCGCGACGUCCUCCUUGAAUCAUUCGAGUGUCCUCACUGCGGCUACAAGAAUAAUUCUAUCAAAGCUGCUGGAGAGAUCCAGGAGCAUGGCACCAAGUACACCCUGGAGAUCCAUGACAAACGCGACUUCGACCGCCAGGUCGUCAAGGGUGAUAGCUCGGUCUUUCGCCUCGAAACCCUUGGAAUAGAAAUGCCAACUGGUGAGGGGCAGCUUACCAAUAUCGAAGGUCUGCUCACCAAGAUCCAGACCCAGCUCGAAAGCGAACAACCACUGCGCAAAACUGCCGACCCGGCCACCUACCAGGCGCUCGAUGAAAUCCUCCAGAAGCUUGCUAAGAUGAUCAACGGCGAAUCGUUCCCAUUCACAGUGACCUUGGAAGACACCACUGGCAACUCUUGGAUCGCUCCUGCGCCUUACGAUGAGGGUACCAGAUACAAGCGAAAGGAAUUCCAGCGUACCAAGGAGCAGAAUGAGGCCCUCGGCAUUGGCAUAGGCGAAGAGGAUCAGGCCGGUCAGAUGUCAGGAGACCCCAACGACCUUGACAUUGUCGACGGAGAUGUGUACUCUCUCCCCACCCACUGUCCUGGUUGCGCGAAAGCUUGUGUUGUCAACAUGCAGAAGGUUAGCAUCCCUUAUUUCAAGGAAGUGUUCAUAUGGAGCACUGUCUGCGACCAUUGUGGCUACCGCACGAGCGACGUCAAGACUGGAGGUGCCAUUCCUGAUAAGGGAAAGCGAAUUAAGCUGAAAGUGGAGUCCAUCGAAGACCUGUCUCGAGAUAUUCUCAAAUCUGAGACUUGUGUCCUGAAGAGCGACGACCUUGGUCUCUCUGUCCAACCUGGCACACUUGGCGGCAGAUUCACUACCGUCGAGGGACUGCUUACCCAAAUUCGUGACCAGCUGCACGAGCAGAUCUUCGACUUUGGCGAUGAAGACCUGGCUCCAGGUGAUUCCAUGCCUGUACCAGAGAAGGAUCGAUGGCAGCAAUUCUUUGACAAGCUCGACGCCGCUAUUAAAGGAGAGCAAAAAUUUUCUAUCACCCUCGAAGAUCCCUGUGCAAACAGCUAUGUUCAGAAUCUUUUCGUACCAGAACCAGACCCACAACUGGAGGAGGAAGAAUAUACCCGCACCGAAGAAGAGGAAGAAGAUCUCGGUCUUAAGGACAUGAAGACUGAGGGGUAUGAAGAAGAGCAUAGACUCGCGCAAGAAGCGGAGAAGGCAGCAAAGGCAGCAGAGGAAGCAGCUUGA